CAGUAAAACAAUCUGAAGCCGUUUCCAUUUUCCACCAUCUUCAUUUCAUUGGAGAGGCCCAGAAGAUAUUGGGGCGCAAACAUCACAUGCUCAUCCACUUCUCACUCCCACUGAAUUCUGGUAUCCAGUUUUCAGCCAAAAAACCGUAAUUUGGAUUUCCAGAUCUUCCCAAGAAAAUCGCAUUUUCCCUCAAAAUGCUUAAACCUUAGGUAAACAUCAGGGUUCCUUUGCAUCACAGGGGGUCAAUAAUCAUUGGAGCUUCAAACCAUGUAUACGCCUUUAAGUAGAAACUUUUUGCGGCCGAUUGCGGAGUCACUGGGCAAAUUAAAAUCAUAUGAAAAUUUGCAAAGAAGUUUCGACAGGAAAGUGGAAUUGUCUCGUUCUUUGACUACCGCAGUUGGUAGUGAGUUCUGGAGGCAACUAGAAGAUUCAACCACAAUGCCUUUUCAGGUGCAAAUUGUCAAUGCACUGCGCCUGGGCGAAAGAAGGAGGGCAUCAGAUUUGCUUUUGGAUUUUGGAGGUGGGAGCUUCUCACUGAAAGCUGAUGACUUCAUUCAUAUUCUGAAGUAUUGUGCAAGAUCUCCUGACCCCCUGUUCGUCAUGGAGACUUUGAGGAUAAUGGAAGAAAAGAAGAUUAAACCGAAUAACAUAUCCUUUCUGCUUACAGUGCAAGCUCUUUGCAGAGGGGGAUAUCUAGAGGAGGCUUCACAUUUGAUUAAUUUUGUUGGAGAAAGUUCUUGCAUCUCUCCUAUGCUGCCUGUCUACAACAUUUUCUUAGGAGCCUGUGCAAAAAUGAACAAUAUCAUUCAUGCUAAUAAAUGUUUGGAUUUGAUGGAGCGUCGUAUGGUGGGAAAGAACGAAGUUACGUAUUCUGAGCUUCUCAAGCUUGCAGUUUGGCAGCAAAACCUGUCUGCUGUCCAUGAAAUCUGGAAGGACUAUGUCAAACACUACAGUAUGAGCAUCAUGUCUUUGCGGAAGUUUAUUUGGUCCUUUACAAGGUUGGGAGAUUUGAAAUCCGCAUAUGAAACUUUGCAACAUAUGGUGGCUUUGGCUGUCAGGGGAAGGCUUUUCAUUAGGACAAAUGUUGAAGGAAAACUCUGUUCUUCAAGACUGGAUAUUCCAAUUCCCUCAAAUGGUGAAGUAACUUUGAAGGAGGAUUCUGUUGUCUUGAAAAUUGAUUCUCAUGUAGAGCAGUGCACUGUUUCUUCCACACAAAAUGGAGAGAUUGAAAAUGCCAGGAUGUGUCUGCUGAAUAAGUACAAAGGCAUGCCUAUGAUGAAGGUCUUAAGGUGGUCCUUCAGUGAUGUGAUACAUGCCUGUGCACAAGCUCAAAAUGGUGGACUGGCGGAGGAGUUGAUGCAGCAGAUGCAAAAUAUUGGGUUGCAACCAUCAAGCCAUACCUUUGAUGGCUUUGUAAGAGCAAUUGUCCGUGAGAGGGGGUUCAGUGAUGGCAUGAAAGCAUUGAAGUUAAUGCGACAGUGGAACUUGAAGCCAUAUGAUCCAACUCUUUUGACUAUUUCAAUAGAUUGCAGUAGAGCUUUAGAACUUGACUUAUCUGAAGUGCUGCUGGAUGAAAUUUCUGAAUGCUAUCAUCCCCAUGCUUUCAAUGCCCUUCUCACUGCAUGCAAAGCAAUGGAUCAACCUGAGCGUGCUGUACAUGUUUUUGCCAAAAUGAAGCAGUUAAAACUCCAGCCGGAUAUCAGGACAUAUGAGUUGCUCUUUUCAUUAUUUGGUAAUGUGAAUGCCCCGUACGAAGAGGGGAACAUGUUGUCACAGGUAGAUGCAUCUAAAAGAAUAAAUGCUAUAGAAUUGGAUAUGGCAAAAAAUGGUCUUCAGCAUAGUCAUCAAUCAAUGAAGAACUUGUUAAAAGCCCUUGGAGCGGAGGGAAUGAUCACAGAGUUGAUACAGUAUUUACAUGUAGCUGAGGACCUCUUCUGUGGUGAUAAUACAUAUUUAAGGAUGCCUAUAUAUAAGACAGUAUUGCAUGCACUUGUUGAGGCCAAGGAAAGUCACAAGGCAGUAGAAAUAUUUAAAAAUAUGAGAGCAUUUGGUUUCCCACUAGAUGCUGCAAUCUAUAAUGUAAUGAUUGAUUGUUGCAGCAUCAUAAGAUGUUUCAAAUCUGCAUGCGCCCUAGUUUCCGUGAUGAUCCGCAAUGGAUUUUAUCCACAAACGAUAACUUAUACCACUCUCACAAAGAUUCUGUUGGAAGAUGAAAAUUUUGAUGAGGCCUGGAAUCUCUUGGAUCAAGCUAUCUCAGAAGGAAAUCAAAUAGAUGUGGUGUUUUACAAUACCAUUCUUCAAAAGGCUUGUGAAAAGGGGAGGAUUGAUGUGAUUGAGUUUAUUGUUGAGCAAAUGCACCGAGAUAAAGUCCAGCCUGAUCCAUCAACUUGCGAAUGUGUUUUCACUGCAUAUGUAGACCAAGGUUUUCAUAGCACGGCUGUGGAAGUGUUAUGUGUUCUCAGCAUGCGAAUGCUUUGUAAGGAAGCAAGCAUUCUUCAAGAAAAGAGGACCGAAUUUGAGGACUUAAUUCUUUCUGAAGACUUGGAAGCCGAGUCCCGGAUACUUCAGUUUUUUAAAGAUUCUGAGGAGAAUCUUGCUAUAGCAAUGCUGAAUUUAAGAUGGUGUGCAACUGUUGGAUUCCAGAUUUAUUGGCCACCAAGUGAAAGCCAAUGGGCAAGAAGACUGUUGACUAACUACGAUUUCAGAAGAGGAACGACCUUAUAGAUGCAACAGACAACAUGCAUCAGAUACACACCUAUUUGCAUGGUAUGAAUCUUUUUAGAAUCCCAGAAAAGUUGAAUCAGAUGGUGACCGAUUCUGCUUGGAUCGCAGAAUGUACAUACGGUAGGUAAGGAUUUCUGGCAGAGGAUGGUUAGACUAGAUAUUAACCAACUGAAGAAGAAACAAGAACAGGUUUGGUGGUUUGAAUUAGGCGCUGUUGCUUAUUCAGUUUCUGUCUCACAGCUAACAAAAGGGUUAUAUCAGAGUUGUCUCUGCUUCCUAACCCCUAAACUAUGUAUUAGCCACUGAGUUGUCUUACUGGAGUGAAUUAGGAAUAAAUUAUGAUGUACUAGUGUAGCCUAUCCAAAA